CCCGCCCCUGGGCGCUGCGGCCGCGGUGCCGGGCGGCGGGGCCAUGGCGGCCUGGGACAGCUGCGUCAAGGUGGCCGUGAGGAUCCGUCCACAGCUGUCCAAAGAGAAAAUAGAGGGAUGUCACAUCUGUACCUCGGUGACGCCUGGUGAGCCGCAGGUGCUGCUGGGGAAGGACAAGGCCUUCACCUAUGACUUUGUCUUUGACCUGGACACAUGGCAGGAGCAAAUCUACACGACGUGCGUGGGCAAGCUCAUUGAAGGCUGCUUUGAGGGCUACAAUGCCACCGUGCUGGCAUACGGCCAGACUGGCGCGGGGAAGACGUACACCAUGGGCACUGGCUUCGACAUGAACAUCUCUGAGGAUGAGCAGGGCAUCAUCCCACGGGCCAUUGGCCACCUCUUCAGUGGCAUCGAGGAGCGCAAGCAGGCAGCCCAGAGUCAGGGCGUGGCAGUGCCGGAGUUCAAAGUCAGCGCCCAGUUCCUGGAGCUCUACAACGAGGAGAUCCUGGACCUGUUUGACAGUGCUCGCGACCCUGAUGCACGUCACCGUAAAUCCAACAUCAAAAUCCACGAGGAUGCCAGUGGAGGCAUCUACACCACAGGGGUCACAUCACGCCUCAUCAACUCACAGGAUGAGCUGAUCCAGUGCCUCAAACAGGGGGCUCUUUCCCGCACCACCGCCAGCACCCAGAUGAAUGUGCAGAGCUCCCGGUCCCACGCCAUCUUCACCAUUCACCUGUGCCAGAUGAGAGUGUGCACCCGUCCGGAGCUGGUGAACGGGGAGGUGACCAGCCUCCUGGAUGAAGCCCAGCCCACCACUGAGUAUGAGACCCUCACGGCCAAGUUUCACUUCGUAGACCUGGCUGGCUCAGAGAGGCUGAAGCGAACGGGUGCUACUGGCGAGAGAGCGAAGGAAGGCAUCUCCAUCAACUGUGGGCUGCUGGCCUUGGGGAACGUCAUUAGUGCCCUUGGAGACCAGAGCAAGAAAGUUGUGCAUGUGCCCUACCGUGACUCCAAGCUCACCCGCCUGCUGCAGGACUCCCUCGGGGGCAACAGCCAAACCAUCAUGAUCGCCUGUGUGAGCCCAUCUGACCGGGACUUUAUGGAGACCCUGAACACGCUCAAGUAUGCCAAUCGGGCUCGCAACAUCAAGAACAAGGUGGUGGUGAACCAGGACAAGACAAGUCAGCAGAUCAGUGCCCUGCGGGCUGAGAUCGCCCGCCUGCAGAUGGAGCUGAUGGAGUACAAGGCGGGUAAGCGGGUCAUUGGGGAGGAUGGCUCGGAGGGCUACAGCGACCUUUUUCGUGAGAACGCCAUGCUGCAGAAGGAGAAUAGCACCCUGCGCAUGCGGGUGAAGGCCAUGCAGGAGGCCAUCGAUGCUAUCAACAGCAGGGUCACCCACCUCAUGAGCCAGGAAGCCAAUCUGAUGCUGGCCAAGGCAGGUGAUGGCAAUGAAGCCAUUGGUGCCCUCAUCCAGAACUAUAUCCGGGAGAUCGAAGAGCUGAGGACAAAGCUUCUGGAGAGCGAGUCCAUGAAUGAGUCUCUGCGUCGCAGCCUCUCACGUGUCUCUGCCCGUCCCCCCUACUCCAUGGGCUCAUCCCCAGCAUCUGGCUUGGCUGGCCUGUGCAGCCCCGCUGCUCCAGUGGAGACUGAGGCCUCUGAUGUCCUCCGACGGGCCAAGCAGGACCUGGAGCGCCUGAAAAAGAAGGAGAGGAGGCAGCAGAGGAAGAGCCCAGAGAAGGAAGCGUUCAAGAAGCGUCAGAAACUGCAGCAGGACAAUGGGGAGGAGACAGAUGAGAACGAGGUAGAAGAGGAGGAGGAAGAACAGGAUGAGAGUGGCUGCGAGGAAGAGGAUGGACGUGAGGAUGAAGAUGAGGACUCGGGCAGUGAAGAGAGUCUGGUGGACUCAGACUCGGAUGCAGAGGAGAAGGCCGUGAAUUUCCAGGCCGACCUGGCGGAUCUGACUUGUGAGAUAGAGAUCAAGCAGAAGCUGAUUGAUGAGCUGGAGAACAGCCAGCGGCGCCUGCAGACCCUCAAACACCAGUAUGAGGAGAAGCUGAUCUUGCUGCAGAACAAGAUUCGGGACACACAGCUGGAGCGGGAUCGGGUCCUGCAGAACCUCAGCACCAUGGAGUGCUACACGGAGGAGAAAGCAAACAAGAUCAAAGCAGACUACGAGAAGCGGCUGAAGGAGAUGAACCGGGACCUGCAGAAGCUCCAGGCAGCCCAGAAGGAGCAUGCUCGCCUGCUCAAGAACCAGUCCCGUUACGAGCGGGAGCUGAGGAAGCUGCAGGCGGAGGUGGCCGAGAUGAAGAAGGCGAAGGUUGCGCUGAUGAAGCAGAUGCGGGAGGAGCAGCAGCGGAGGCGGCUGGCGGAGAUGAAGAGGAAUCGGGAGAUUGCGCAGCUCAAGAAGGAGCAGCGCCGGCAGGAGUUUCAGAUCCGGGCUCUGGAGUCUCAGAAGCGGCAGCAGGAAAUAGUGCUGCGGAGGAAAACCCAGGAGGUCUCGGCACUGCGUCGUCUCGCCAAGCCCAUGUCAGACCGGGUCGCCGGCAGGACGAGCCAGAAGCCAGCCAUGCUGGACUCAGGCGCAGAAGUCUCAGCCAGCACCACCUCCUCCGAGCCAGAGUCUGGUGCUCGCUCUGUCUCUAGCAUCGUGCGUCAGUGGAACAGGAAAAUCAACAACUUCCUGGGAGACCCCUCAUCCACUGUGAACGGGGCUCGGACCACCAGGAAGAAGUUCCCCAAGAAGGGGGUGAGCCAGACCUUCAGCAAAGCCGCCCGCCUCAAGUGGCAGUCGCUGGAGCGACGUAUCUUUGACAUUGUCAUGCAGAGGAUGACCAUUGUCAAUCUGGAGGCUGACAUGGAGCGGCUCAUCAAGAAACGCGAGGAGCUGGCACUGCUGCAGGAAGCAUUACUGGGCAAGAGAGUGAAACUGCAGGCAGAGAGCCCCAAGGAGCAGAAGGGGCUGCAAGAGCUGAACGAAGAGAUUGAAGUGCUGGGAGCCAACAUUGACUACAUCAAUGAUAGCAUUUCUGACUGCCAGGCCACCAUCAUGCAGAUCGAGGAGACCAAGGAGGAGCUGGACUCCACGGACACCUCAGUGGUGAUCAGCUCCUGCUCCCUGGCUGAAGCCCGGCUCCUGCUGGACAAUUUCCUGAAGGCCUCCAUCGACAAGGGGCUGCAAGUGGCACAGAAGGAGGCCCAGAUUCGCCUGCUGGAGGGGCGCCUGCGGCAGACGGACAUGAGCAGCUCCUCGCAGAACCACGCCAUCCUGGACGCCCUGCGAGAAAAGGCCGAGUCGCACCCCGAGCUGCAGGCCCUGAUCCACAACGUCCAGCAAGAGAACGGCUACACCAGCACAGACGAGGAGGUCUCAGAAUUCAGCCUGGCUUCAGAUGGGAGCGUCUCCCAGUCUUUCACCAUGAAGGGAUCAGCAAGCCAAGAUGACUUCAAGUUCAAGGGAGAGCCCAAGCUCUCAGGGCAGAUGAAGGCAGUGUCAGCUGAGUGUCUAGGACCCACACUGGACGUCUCCACCAAGAACAUCACCAAGUCCUUGGCAUCACUCAUGGAGAUCAAAGAGGAUGGGAUCAGCUUCUCCAUCCGAGACCCCCAUUACAAGGAGAAGGUGUCGCGCACCAUCAGCCUGCCCACGCGAGGAAGCACCUUUCCCAGGCAAUCCCGUGGCUCAGACACUUCACCUCUGACAAGGAGAAAAUCCUAUGACCGUGGGCAACCUGCCAGGCCUCCAGAUGUUGGCUUCACACCUCCCUCAUCCCCACCCACCCGUCCACGCAACGACCGCAAUGUCUUCUCUCGGCUCACAAGCAACCAGAGCCAGGGUUCUGCCUUGGAUAAGUCUGAUGACAGCGAUUCCUCUGUCUCGGAGGUGCUGAGGGGCAUCAUUAACCCAGUGGGUGGCACCAAGAACGCCCGGACAGCCCCGCUGCAAUGUGUCUCCGUGGCAGAAGGACACACCAAGCCUGUGCUCUGCCUGGAUGCCACCGACGAGCUGCUUUUCACUGGGUCCAAAGACCGGAGCUGCAAAAUGUGGAACCUGGUGACAGGCCAAGAAAUUGCUUCCCUCAAGGGUCACCCGAACAAUGUGGUUUCCAUCAAGUACUGCAGCCACACAGGGCUGGUGUUCACUGUGUCCACAUCGUACAUCAAAGUGUGGGACAUCCGGGACUCAGCCCGGUGCAUCCGCACCCUCACAUCUUCUGGACAGGUGAUCUCUGGGGACGCAUGUGCUGGGACCACCACCCGCACCAUCACUAGUGUGCAGGGGGAGCACCAGAUCAACCAGAUUGCUCUCAACCCCACUGGCACCAUGCUCUACGCUGCUACUGGUAACUCCGUCCGCAUCUGGGAGCUGAGCAGGUUGCAGCCCAUCGGGAAGCUGAGUGGCCACAUCGGGCCUGUGAUGUGUCUCACGGUAAACCAGACGGCAAGCAACCACGACCUGGUGGUCACAGGCUCCAAAGAUCACUACGUCAAGGUGUUUGAGAUUGCCGAGGGCAUGGUGGGCAAUAUUGGCCCCACUCACAACUUUGAGCCCCCUCACUAUGAUGGCAUCGAGUGCCUGGCCAUCCAGGGAGACAUCCUCUUCAGUGGCUCCAGGGACAACGGCAUAAAGAAGUGGGAUCUGGAGCAGCAGGAACUUAUCCAGCAAAUCCCCAAUGCCCACAAAGACUGGGUUUGUGCCCUGGCCUUCAUCCCUGGCCGCCCCAUGGUGCUGAGUGCUUGCCGAGGAGGCGUGAUCAAAGUCUGGAACGUGGACACCUUCACUCCGGUUGGGGAGAUCAAAGGGCAUGACAGCCCCAUCAAUGCCAUCUGCACCAACUCAAAGCACAUUUUCACUGCCUCCAGCGACUUGACAGUGAAGCUCUGGAGUGGGAGGAGGCUACCCAUGGGGUCAAACUAACAACUGCAAAAAGACUGGAAGACAUGACAGGAGGGUGAAGGUCAGGGUACCUCUCCCUUGCUAUCGAGACCCGGUCAUCUACAGGAGCUCAGCCCAGGGAUAGGGAUUUCCUUGUACCUGACCCAACGGGGUGGACGAUGUCCCAUCUGGUACUUUGAGCACUGCCAGCUCCUGUGAGGAGGCAGCUCUGUGGGACACCAUCAGCUCCACCUUCCCUCCUGCUGAAGUUUCUUGAUGGUUUUCCAGUGACUAAGAAAUGUUUCAUCUCUCUUCUCACCCACACUGCUGUAACGCCAGCCAGGACUUCUUGAAGGUCAAAGCUCCUUGGCUCCUUCUGAGACACUCAAUUCCCUUCUGCCACCAUGGGCUCAUGUGGCCUCCACUGAGAUGUGCUGCUUCUGUCCCUGUUGGCUCUGGGGCUGGUUCCUGCAGGAAUCUUUUCUCUGCUCGAUGGCCACAAGGACAUUUGGUGUCUGCUGCUUCUUUGGAGACGUUACUUGUGGGACAGCCUCUCUGCUGUGGGGGGCCUGCUGAAGGUUUUCCAGGUAGUCCCAUCAUUUCCCAUAGUCCGUCUACCUGUCCCCAGCAGUUGGAGGUGUGCACCUCUGAGCCCCUUUGCCAUGUCCCUGCUCUGGAGGCAUAGCAAGCCUGGGAAGAUCUCCAUCCACCAACUUCCAGACAAACCUGCUGGCGGUUCCCUUUGAUGUUCUCCAAACCCCAGUCAUAAGCUCAGCUGACCCAUGGCUCUUGGGCUCCUCUCUGUGUGCCCACCCUGCUCUGCAGUGGGGAAGGGUUGCUUGGCCCUGCUCUUGACACCUUGGCUCUCAGCAGGGUUCUUGUGGUAGAUUCCUUCUGCAUGUUAACCCCCUUGAGACGGAGAAAUGAAGCAAGAAUGGAGGUUACAGGGCAAAGAAGACAAGCUGGAUUUGUCAACCCCACCCCUGUGGCCUAUCUUGUUUUGUCAUCACUGGGAGCUGGAAGCUGUAAGUCCUUCCCCUGGGCACUGCUCUCAGCCCUCUACCUGGGAGGGGGUUAGCUCAGGUUUGGGCUGUCAGCCCCCGUGGAUCCAGGAGCCGGAGAGGGCCCAGCAAGGCACAGGGGAGCUGUAGGAUGGGCUGGGUUGGAGUCAGAUGUGCUGGGAGCAGGGUGAGUAAGGGGUUGCACACACUGGUCUUGCACAAGUGCCCUGAUUCACCACACGUUUGAAGGGCAGUGCUGCAGUGGAUGAUCUCUCACAGUCCCAUCUCCAUGAAAGGCCGGGGGCUCCAUCCAGGAGUGCUUCCACAAGGACACGGAUUCUCCAGGCUCCCUACUCCCUCUCUCCUAUUCAAGGGGCUGGCAAGGCCCUCGUCUCACACUGGAGCUUUCCUCCAUCUGUCCUGUGGCCUGUUGGACCAUCCCCUGCUCUGUCCUGCCCUGGGCCAGGCAGGACUUCUCACGGGAUAGCCGAGGAGACCCCAGAAGUGUUGCUCUUGCCUCACAUACUCUCAUUUCCUGUCUGUCACAGAAGCAGCAGCGUUUGAACUCAAAUUUAAGGAUUUUUCCACAUGAUCCCACUAGCACUGAACUGGGAUCUCAGAGGCCAGAGGCUCCAGGACCUGCCCCAUAAAAGCACAGACCGUUUCCCCUCUGCUUUCUCCAACCAUGGUGACUUGUGGACCAGCCCCAGAUCAUUUGCCACCAGCCUUUGUUAAAACCAUUCCGGGUGGAGUGUGUACAUUCCUCUGCAUCCUGAAAGACAGGACUAUCUCUAUUGAUUUGAUGGGAGGGGUUGCCUUUUAGGGGGGGGAAAAACCCCAUCCUACUGGCUUGCCUUGGCGGAGGGCGUGAUGGCACGUGCGGGUGUGACUCUGCCCAGGACAGUGACUGGUCCCUGGUGAUCCUGGCUGAGCCCUGCACAGCCCGGGACUGCAGCCGGUGGAGAUGUGGUGCCAGUGCCAGCUGCUAUGGGCUGGGUGACCUGCAGAACUGGAGGGGGCAAACAAAAUUGCACGGGGCACCACGGCUGCCAGGGUAGCACAGAUGUAGGAGGCUAGAGGAGGUGUUACGCUCUAAGCCUGUCUUGGAGGGGGUUUCCCUGCUUGUUCCUCAGCCAAUUUAACCUUUCCCUGGCCAGAGGGGAGGUGUGUGUUUGACUGUGUAGCCGUGUAUACCCUAUGCAUCUGUGUCUGCACCAAGAUCUACCAGUGCCUGGCCUGAAACCUCUCGCUGCUCCCUGCUGCAGUCGGUGCAGGGACCUGCUCUUGGGGGGCUUGCGGUCACACCUGUCUCAUCUUUCGCCACCUUUUUCUUCCUGUGCGUAGGCUGCAGGUCCUGCUUAAUUUCCCAGGGCUGAGUAGCCAAUCCUGGAUGGUGCUGAGCAUCCAGCAGCACACUGAGGUGGCUUCAAGGCUUUCACAGCCUGCAGGUGGAGGGAGCUGGGGGUAUUGUGGCACAACAGCAGGGGUCUGGAGAAGGAGGUCUUUGAAGCAAGGGGUGACUGUGAUCCCAUAUUCCUCUGUGUGUGUGUGUGUGUGUGUGUUUAUGUCUUAGUAUCUGUGUGGGUUGGUAUUUUCCAUGCAGGAGAGCGUUUCUCGAGUGUUAAUCUGGUUUAGCUACCUCACGGUGCAAGCUGGGUGCUGUCAUCAUUGGGUUUUGUUUUGGGGAUGAGGUGGGGAGUUUAUGGUCUUAAUUUUUUUUCUCUUAACUAUUGUUAUUGUUAUGGUUUUGACACUUGAAUUUGUCCUGGGGACACGUGGCCUCACCCUCACCUCACUGCAUGUCUGAGCCUCCCCUUGUGUUCUCUUCCCUGCCUCCUGCUGGAUAGCACAGCAGGACCAGCAUCCUGCUCUCCCCCGUGCUCCCAGCUCUCACCUUUGCAGUGGGAUCCCCCAGCUGGGUCUCAACACUGAUACUUUGGUCCCGUUGCUGGUGGGAUGCUUGGCAUUGUUGCCGUUAGCUGUUGGGUUGAUUUGCAGCCUGGAGGUGGUCCCGCUGGUCCCUUUGAAGGAUGGAAAGGGACCUCUGAAAGGCUCAGCUCAGCCUGUAUUCCUGCUUCUGCUCUUACAGAUGUUCUCUGUGGAUGCAAUGAAGCCCUUCUUGUCUGGGUGAUGUCCAUGCAAAGCACAUUGCUGGAACGGGCUGGUCCUAGUCCUUAUUUUCCAGAGCCUGCUGUAAUUCGGCAGCAGCCUGAAGCAGCAGGGAACUGGUCCUGUAAAUGCCUCUGUCCAGGGUGGGGAUGGUCUGUGAGAGAAGCUGCUUCUUGUGUGUGAUGUUUGAUUUUUCACCCCCAAAAUGUAGUUGAACCUAGAUCCUGUCCCAGGCACUGAACAUAAACCAGCGUAACUCUGGAGCCUCCAGAUUACUCCCUACUUGGGGCUGGGGAGCUGGCACAGGACUGUACCCCAAUCCCCUGGCACAAUGGGGUUUGGGAAGGGGCUCGUAGCUCUGAGCCAUGCUGUCAGUUUGGGGGGGCAGCUUCCCCUAAAUACUAAAGCACAAGGUCCUACUAUACAGGUGGUCUAGCAAGGGUGGCCCCUUGGACUCUGGUCCUUCAGAGCUCAGACUGGGGCGGUGGGUUUGGACAACCAAGGUGGAGGUGGGGCUGGGGAUGAUGGUGAGGGCUCUUUGCUGGAGGAAGCAGGUGAGAUGUUUCACCCUUUUGCACUGUGUAGGGGUGCUCCCCUGGGGCUCAGGACUUGCACUGCUGCCUAGCUUAAGUCCCUUCUUGUGGUCUCUGAACCCCUCUGCCAGCCCCUCCAUUGCAAGGACAGUUUGGAGCUGUUUUUACACCAUGCACCUCGUUUUGCUUCACCCUUGGGUGCCUUGGUUUGUGCCAAGGAUGUGAUGAUACCUGCUGUCCCAGGAGGUCCUUGCCUUCCUCAGAUCACUGGGUGAUGAUUUUGUCCCUGGGCCCUGACCAUUGCUCUGUGUGUCUCUUCCCUCCAGCACACUGGGGCCAGCUCCAGCCUCUGCUGAGGGUAUAAUGCUGGCCCAGAGCUGAGCAUUGCACACAAAAGGGUGGAGAUGACUCAGGAGCCCAAAAGCACUGGGCCCUCAAACCACUGUGAGCCCGCCCAGGGAGCCUGGGCUCUGCCCCCUCCCUGGCCCCCACAGCUCUUAUGGCACAAAAGGACAGGCUGGCAGUGCAUCUCUCAGUCUGGCCAGCUGCGAGGAGCUGGAGCACAAGGGGCCCGUCUCUGCCAGGUAUGUUGUUCCUCCCCAGCACCUCUGAGCACAGCUGCUUUGGGGUCUGGGAUGCUGCCUCCUGCCUUGGUACUGUAGAACCAGUGCCUGCUCCCACAGGUGCUCGCCCAGUGCCCUUGUCCCAGUCCUUCCCCUGUCCCAUGAUGGACAGGGUGCGGGUACAAACCCUGCAGAGCACAGGGUUCCCAGUUGCUUUUCAGCAAGCUCACUGGAGCUCUGCUCCGUCCUGCAGGCUGCAUGCCCUCCUGAGCCCCCUUCACCCUCCUGGGGAGGGAAUGGGGGCCCUGGCCCUGGCCUCUCCACAUUCUGCACGGUGCUCCACCUGUAACUGGGUGGGAGCCCAGCACACACCCCAUCCCCUAGACCUUGUCCUGGCCUCCUGGGCCUCAUCCCCAGAAAAGCACAUGCCUGCACCUUCCUCCUGUCCCAGGGGCUUGUCCCCUCAUCUGUAACGGCUCUGCCCUGGUGCCUGCCAGCUGUUCUGCAUCCCCCACAUCUCUAAACCACCCAGUACCCUCCAGUCCAGCCCUGUGGCAGGGCUUGGGCAACUGCAGCGUUGUGUUGCCUGCUCUGUCACCCCUUCCCGCUGCACAAGUAUCACAAAUAGCAGGUGCCUUUUCUUGUUUGGAGCUGUUUUCUAGAGGCCAGCUCUUAUGAAGGCUUUUUUUUCUCUGCUGGGUCAUGCAACCCAGCCCCGUGGUCUGGGUUUGUCAGAGGACAAGGUGUGUACGUAUAUUUUAUACCUCGAUGUGUUCCUGUAAAUAGUGUAAGUUAUUUUGGUCUCAUGAUGUACAUGUUUUUUCAAUGGCUGUGUUUGUUCCUUGCCUUUUUGUCUUCACAAAUAAAACACACUGAGAUUAA